AUGACUGUAGGAGAAGCAUUUUUGUCAGCUUUCAUUCAGGUUUUGUUUGACAGGUUGGCCUCAAAGAAUGUUGUAGAUAUUAUUCUUGCACGAGACAAUGACAAAGUCCUGAAGAAAUUUCAGAAGACUUUGCUGCUCAUUAAAGCAGUACUAAAUGAUGCAGAGGACAAGCAGGUUAAAAAUGAGGCUGUGAGAAUGUGGUUGGUCGAGCUUAAAGAUGUGGUUUAUGAUGCAGAAGAUGUUCUUGACGACUUUGCUACCGGAGUGCUGAGGAGGAGGUUGGAAUCUGAAUCUCAAACCACCUUUACUCAAAUAUGGAACCGUGUCCCAACUUCUCUCAAUCCAAGUAAUUUGAUGUUUGAUGUUGGGAUAGAAUCUAAGAUAAAGGUGAUCACGGAGAGGCUGAAUAAUCUUGCAAAUGAAAGGCAUGAACUUGGUUUAAGUGAGAUUGCUGCUGGGUGUCCAUUCAAAUUCAAAGAAACAUCUUCCAUGGUGAAUGAGUCCUACAUCUGUGGGAGAGAUAUGGACAAAGAGAAGAUUAUCCGAGUGCUGAUGGAGAAUAUGUCAAGCCAUGGCGAUGAAGAAAUUAUCUCGGUCAUUCCCAUUGUGGGAAUGCCAGGUGUUGGGAAAACAACAUUGGCUCAGGUUGUGUUUAAUGAUGACAAGGUGAAUCUGCAGUUUGAACUCAAGGCAUGGGUGUCUGUACCUGAUGAUUUUGAUGUCAAGAUCAUAACAGGAAAGAUUCUUGAGUCAGCCACUUCCAGAACCUGUGAUCUCAAUAGCUUGCAACAGCUUCAGGUUAACCUCAAAGCAGCCUUGAGAGGCAAGAAGUUUUUGGUUGUUCUGGAUGAUGUGUGGAAUAAAAAUUACAAUGAAUGGAUUAAGCUGGUAGCUCCAUUCAACGGAGGUGCUCCGGGAAGCGCAGUGAUAGUAACAACAAGGAAUGCACAAGUUGCUAAAAUGGUGGGAACUGUUGAAUCUCACUAUGUCAACAAGUUAUCUGAGAAGGACUGUUGGUCAGUAUUUGUGCAGCAUGCUUUUAGGAGUAAAACUAUUGAUGCAAAUCAAGCCCUUGCAGAAAUUGGUGAGAAGAUUGCUCAGAAAUGCAAAGGCUUACCGUUGGCGGCAACAACAAUUGGAGGCAUUUUAUCCUCAAAGCAUGAUGAAGAGUGGGAGCAUGUAAUGAACUUUGAAAUAUGGGAUCUUGCAGAGGAGGAAAGUGACAUGCUCCAAGCAUUAAGAUUGAGUUAUGAUCAGCUUCCUUCACACCUAAAGCGAUGUUUUGCAUACUGCUCCAUACUACCAAAAGGCUUUGAAUUCGGGGAGAAAGAGCUAGUGUUGCUGUGGAUGGCAGAAGGAUUUUUGGAACAACAAGCACAGAAGCAAAUGGAAGAUGUGGGCCAUGAGUACUUUCGAGAUCUACUCUCUGCUUCACUUUUUCAAAGGUCAAGUAGCAACAGAUCAUUGUAUGUAAUGCAUGACCUUAUCAAUGAUCUAGCUCAGUGGGUUGCUGGAGAAUCCUGUUUCAAAUUGGACACUAAUUUUCACUCACAUGGACAAAUAAAAAAGAGAAUUUCCAAACGGGCUCGGCAUGCAUCUUACGUUGGUGGUGAAUAUGAUGGUAUUCAAAUGUUUCAUGCCUUCAAAGAAGCCAAGUCUUUAAGAACAUUCCUCCCUCUAAAGCGUCAAAGGCUAGAAAAAUGGUCCUACAUAACUAAUCAGGUUCCUUUUAAAUUAUUACCUGAGUUAAGAUGCUUAAGAGCUUUGUCAUUGAGAGGAUAUUUCAUCAGUAAGCUUCCUGAUUCAAUUAGCAAUUUGAAGCAUCUACGCUACCUGAAUCUUUCUUGCACUAGCAUCAGAAAGUUGCCAGAAUCAGUCUGCAGUCUGUGCAAUCUACAAACAUUAUUACUGAAACACUGUUUCAAUCUUGAGGAGCUUCCAUCAAACAUGGGUGAUUUGAUCAACCUACGCCAUCUAGAUAUCACGGGAGCACAUUCUUUAACAGGUAUGCCCCAUGGUAUUGGUAAAUUGACACAUCUUCAAACAUUGUCAAACUUUGUUUUAGGCAAAAGUGGGAUCAGAGAAUUGAUGAUGUUGUCAAAUCUCCAAGGGAUACUUUCUGUGUCCAGGUUAGAGCAUGUGACCGACACUCGAGAAGCAGUUGAAGCUAUGUUAAAUAAGAAGGUAGGCAUUGAUGUGCUGAAAUUGAAAUGGAGCUGUUGUUUGAAUGAUGAGUCUCAUAUUCGAAGAGAAAAUGAUGUGCUUCAAAUGCUACAACCUCACAAAACUCUUACAAAGCUUACUGUGAGGUGCUAUGGUGGUAUCAGCUUCCCAAAAUGGAUAGGAGAUCCAUCCUUCAAGAGUCUAGUGUUCUUAAAGUUGAGAGAUUGUGCAAAUUGUACAACUUUGCCAAUACUUGGAAAUCUCCAUGCUCUCAGAGAUCUUUACAUCAUUGGAAUGAAAGAAGUAUGCUGCAUUGAUGGUGGGUUCUAUGGUGAUGGUUGCUUAAGACCUUUCCCUUCCUUGGAGAGACUACAUUUCAUGGAUAUGGAAAAUUGGGAAAAUUGGUUCCCCUCUGGCAAUAAUGAGCAGAGUGACAUAUUUUCUUCUUUGCAGCAGCUUUUCAUUGUGAAGUGUCCCAAACUUUUGGGAAAACUACCUGAAAAUCUUCCUUCUCUCAAAUAUCUAUUAGUUAAAGAAUGUGAACGAUUGAUGGUUACCCUUUCAAACCUUCCUCUGCUCUGCAAACUGGAAGUUGAAGGAUGCAAAGGCUUAGUUCUUAAUUGCACAACUGAAUUCAUGUCAUUGAACUCCAUGGCUAUUUCAAGCAUCUCUGAGUUAACAUCAUUAAGGGAGGGGUUGGUACAAGGGUUCAAAAGAGUUGAAAAACUCAAAAUUGUCAAUUGUGCUCUUGAUGAGAUAGUUCUUGCUGAUUGGUGGGGAAAUGAAGUUUGGUCAGAGAAGCAUCCACAUGGUUUGUCAUCCAUGCUCAGAUCAAUUGAGAUUAGAAAUUUCAGUGUCAUGAGAUUUAUCCCUAAAGCACUAAUGUUCAACAGCCAUUUUCUUGAACGCUUAUGCAUAUGUAAUUGUGAUUCCCUAGUCUUUGUCACAACUGAUCAACUGCCUCCCACUCUGAAAUCAUUGGAGAUAUCAAACUGUAAGAACUUGCAGUGUUUACUAGACAAUGGAGAAUGCUCUUCUUCAACAAUAACUAUGCAAGAGGACAAUAACCAGAAUAGUGGCACAAGCAUUUCUCAUCUGGAGUAUAUAUACAUUGGCUGGUGUCCAUCUCUCACUUGCAUAUCAAGAAGUGGUGAGUUACCUGAGGCUGUCAAACUUUUGUUCAUUUGGAAUUGUUCAGAGCUAACAUGCUUGUCAAUGAAAGGCCAGUUACCUAAAAAUCUUGAAAAACUGGAGAUUCAAUGCUGUCCAAUGCUAGAUUCAAUCGCAAGCACUAUGCAUGGAAACACUUCCUUGGAAUCUGUUCAGAUAUGGAACUGUGAAAACCUUAAAUCCCUCCCUGAUGGCUUGCAUUGCCUUGUGAAUCUAAAACAGAUCAAAAUUAUUGGUUGUCCAAGUUUGGUCUCCUUCCCAGAAGAAGGUUUUCCCACCUCUUGUCUGACAGAACUUUGCAUCAUGAGCUGUGAGAAACUAGAGGCCCUACCAAACUGCAUGCAUGAUCUCAAAUCCCUCAAAGAACUGGAGAUAGGAUACUGUCCUAGCAUUCAAUAUGUUCCUGAAGAAGGCUUUCCAGCCAACUUAACAUCCCUUUGGAUCAAUGACCAUAAUGCCUGGGAAGCAAUGUUCAACUGGGGUUUAUACAAGUUCACUUUUCUUAGGGACCUCACCAUCAUAGGUGUAAGUAUGCAUAUGCCACUUGAGGAACUGGGGACAAUGUUACCAUCCUCUUUGACCAGCCUCACUAUUCAAGGAUUUCCACAGUUAAAGUACAUGUCUUCAAAGGGCUUUCAUAAUCUUACUUCCUUAUCUAGCCUUGCCCUUAGAGAUCUUGUAAAUCUAACAUCCCUACCAUCCUUGGGGUUUGAUUACCUUACCUCUCUUGAAGAACUUUCUAUUUAUAACUGUCCCAAGAUUUUCUGUUUACCCAAAAAGGGCCUUCCUUCCUCACUUUUGGAACUCUAUAUUCAAGACUGUCCUCUGCUUAAACAACAGUGCAUGAAAGAUAAAGGGAAUGACUGGUCGAAGAUAGUUGACAUCCCUUAUGUUGAGAUUGAUGGCAAAUUUAUCUAUGACUCGGAUGACGAGUAUUGA